AUGCAGCAACCAUGUCCGUCAAAAGAUUUCACUCUGAAGGAAACAACUCCAAACAUCAAUGCUGGAAGAAUGAUCAAAGGUAAUGGGCUUCCCACUACAUUUGACCUCGUUGAACAAAUGCAAUUUCUGUUUGUGAAGGUGGUGAAGGCCAAAGACUUGACAAAAAAUGGAGGAGGCACUCAUACUUGUAACCCUUAUGUGGAAGUGAAGGUUGGAACCUUCAUGGGAACAACCCGGUGCAUGGAGAAAACCUCAAACCCAGAAUGGAAUAACCAAGUUUUUGCUUUUGCCAAGGAGAGGAUUCAGGAACCAGUUUUGGAAAUUGUGGUGAAGGACAAUGUUGUUGCUGACUCUGGUAAAUUCAUGGGUCGUGUUAUAUUCACAAUUUCUGAUACUCCUAAAAGGGUUCCUCCUGAUAGCCCAUUGGCUCCACAAUGGUACAAGCUUGUGGAUCAAAAAGGAAUGACUCUUCAAAGAGAGUUGAUGGUAGCUGUUUGGAUUGGAACUCAAGCAGAUGAGGCUUUUCCUGAUGCUUGGCAUUCAGAUGCUGCCGCAGCUUGUGGUGAAAACAUUACUUACACUCGUUCUAAGGUAUAUAUUUCUCCUAGAGAUUGGUAUCUUAGAGUUAAUGUGAUUCAAGCCCAGGAUUUGUUGCUCAAAAACAAGAGUAGUAGUAACUCAGAAAUCUUUGUCCAAGCUGUUAUAGGGAACAUGGCUUUGAGAAGUCGUUCCAUUAGAACUAAUACAAACCCCAUGUGGAAUGAGGAUUUGAUGUUUGUUGUAGCAGAACCCUUUGAUGAAUUCUUGUUUUUGAGCAUUGAGCAGGGGCAGGGGAAUUCCAACAAGCAUGAAAGCUUGGGAAGUUGUGUGAUUCCUUUAAAGAAUGUUGAGAAGAGAAUAGAUGCUACUCCACCUAGUUGUUUAUGGUACGACCUUCACAAGCCCAAGGAAUGUGAGGGUGAAGAGGAGGUUAAAUUUGCUAGUAGACUUCAUAUGAGGAUCUGUUUGGAUGGAGGCUAUCAUGUUCUUGAUGAGGCCACUCACUACAGUAGUGAUCUCAGGCCAGCAUCUAAGGAAUUGUGCAAACUCAGUAUUGGUUUUCUGGAAUUAGGCAUUCUGAAUGCUAUGGGGCUCCCUGCAAUGAAGAAGGAAAAUCGCACUGAUGCUUAUUGUGUAGCUAAGUAUGGUUCCAAGUGGGUGAGGACAAGGACUAUUGUUGAUAGUCUUUCUCCAAAGUGGAAUGAGCAGUAUAAUUGGGAAGUAUUUGAUCCUUGCACUGUUCUUACAAUUGUGGUGUUUGAUAAUGGACACUUACAAGGAGGGGAAAAUGCUGAAGGAGCAGUGGACAAGAGAAUUGGUAAGGUACGAAUUCGGCUAUCCACACUUGAAAAUGAUAGGAUUUACACUCACUCUUAUCCACUUAUAAACUUGCAUGCUGAAGGUGCCAAGAAGAUGGGAGAAAUUCAAUUGGCUGUGAGAUUUUCUUGUCCAUCUUUGUUGAAUGUUUUGCAAACUUACGCACAACCUUUGCUCCCAAGAAUGCACUAUAUAUGCCCAUUGAAUAUUUUUCAGCUAGAAAGUUUAAGGAACCAAGCUGCUGCAAUCACCACAUUGAGGUUCAAAAGGGCUGAACCACCACUUAGUAAAGAGGUUGUGGAUUAUAUGCUAGAUGUGAGUGCAAAUGUAUGGAGUAUAAGGAGAGGAAAAGCUCAAUAUUACAGGAUCAUGAGUCUUCUGAAUGGUUUAUUUUUUGUUGCUAAACAAGUUGACAUGAUACGUGGUUGGAAGAAUUCAGUUAUUACAAUGAUUAGUUACUUCAUCUUAGUGUUUUUCAUUUUCUGUCCAAGAUGGAUUCUACCAUUAAAUUUUUUAUUCCUUCUCAUUGUUGGGAUUUGGAACUACAGAACAAGGCCAAGAUAUCCUUCCCACAUGGAUAUGAAAUUGUCUCAGGCUGAUACAGCCACUAUUGAAGAACUUGAAGAAGAGUUUGAUCCCUUUCCAUCUAAAGUUAGUGGUGAUAAUCUGAAGAAGAGAUAUGAUAGAUUAAGAGGCAUAUCAGGGAGGUUAAUAUCAGUUAUGGGUGACUUGGCAACUCAAGGAGAGAGGGUGCAAUCCCUACUUAGUUGGAGGGAUCCAAGAGCAACAGCUUUGUUUGUGAUUUUCUGUUUGGUUGCUAUCAUUGUGACUUAUCUCAUUCCUUUUCGCUAUAUAAUGUUCAUUUGGGUCACUUAUAUGUCAAGACCUCCAAGGCUUCGCUUUGAUAUGCCUGCACUUCCCCAAAACUUCCUCAGAAGGAUGCCUGCAAAAUCAGAUUGCAUGCUAUGA